GCUCCCUUUUUGUCUUAAAUUUAAAUGGAGUGACAAAGAUUCUUACCUUUCCCAAAUUCAUCUCUCCCGUAAAAGAGAAAACCCUCCCCUGCUGCUCACCGAUAACCACUUCAUCUUCAGUCCUUCACUGUAACUGUAAAUUAUAGACUUAUAUUUGACUUGAUCUUCCAAUUACGACUACUCAGAAAGAAGAGAGAAUAUGGAUAUGAUCAAAGUUGGCCCAGUGGGCGGACAAGCUGGAUCAUUUUGGGAUGAAAAGGGACGAGACCAAGUUGCUGGGAUUUUUGUUUCCUACAGCAAAGACGCAGUUGAGUCACUUCAGUUCCUAUUCUAUGAGAGUGGAAACAUAGUUCUGUCAAACAAACAUGGUGUUUUUUAUCAGAGUCAAAACUUCUAUGCAGUUGUCUUUGAUUAUCCAUCAGAGUUUCUUACUUCGAUAAGCGGUUAUCACGGAAAACUGAGCCAGUACGAACCUAGAGUUUUGAAAUCUAUAAAAUUUAGCACCAAUAAGGGUUCUUAUGGACCAUUUGGGUGUACCCGGCCUUCAACUGAUGCCAGGGACUUCAACUUUCAGAUGGAAAACCGUCGUCUUUUUGGUGGUUUUCAUGGCAGCGAGAAUGGCUCUGGCGUUGAGAGUAUUGGGAUCUAUGUGAAGCCCAUCAUAUCCUCCAUGAUCAACUUGAGUAUCCACGAGUGAAGGUUGAAAAGGAAGAAGAUUAACUCAUGAUAUAAACUCAUCUUCUUGUUAUUAAUUUCCAACUGAUAUAGUUCUGGUGUUCAUUGACCUAGAGAAAGUCUAGGACAAAAUCUCAAGGGAGAUCUUAUGGGGAUGUUUGAAAGUUAGAAGUGCCCAAUAUAUAUGAUGGAAGUGAGGAUUGUGGGGCAGACUUGGAACACGUUCUACUGUCUUAUUUUACUCUACUUAUUUGGUUUUACUUUUGCA